AUGUGUCAAGUCCUAGAAGAGAGAUUCCACACUUCAAUUUGUACCAGAGCCUCUUUAACGUAUGUUGAUGACACUGUGAUCGUCUACGAGCUCAAUGAAGGAGAAAACAUGACGAUAGAAUGCACAACUAACGAGCCAGCUUAUUACACGGCUUUGUCUUUUCAUCACGAGCCGAUCCCUCUAUUUUAUCUGGCACCGAAUGGAAAGAAACUCAUAAAAAUAGGACAGGCUUUCACCGUCACUAACGUAACACAACUGGAUUCUGGCGACUACGGUUGUAUAGCUAUGGAUAAAAAUCUUCAAAACAGCACAAUUUUGAAGGCAGAACUCAUCUUGCCGCGUAAGUAUUACCGAAAUAGUUUUUACCACACAAGUUGUUGUCCCACAACAGUAGUGCCAACUGCAUCGAAAUCUGAUAAGUGUUUUUAUGCCCCCACCAAACCAAAGCCUUUGGGUGAUAAUGCAGCACAAAAGAAUAAACCUGUGGUAGAAACAGCAUCCAUGAAACUGUCCGGAAGUAAGCCUUACCUUUAUUUCAAAGUCAAGUCUCCUCUACGCAUCUCAAUGACUGCCAAGAAACCAUUCAAUCUCAGCGUGUCUGUUAAAGGGCUACAACCAAUCAAAAUACAGUGGCAUAAAGAUUUGCACGAGCUGGUGAUUGGCAGCAGGUACAAGACAUUUGACAAUGACAGGCGUUUGCUAGUCGAAUCGCCCUUUACUGAGGAAGACUCGGGCACCUAUAGAGCUUCAGCGUGCAACACCAAGGGCUGUGAAGUGAGAGGUGUUCAAGUCUUGUUUUACAAGAUGCCGAAUAAAACAUUCAUAAAACAAGGCCAGGACGACGAGCAAGAAGUUUGCCCACAGGCGUUCUUUCGCUUUCUCUCGCCGCGCUUCUCCCCUACUUUUUCGCUUGCCGUUUUUCGCGUUGCGCCCCAACUAACUGAACGCCUGGAAGAGGUUAAAAUAAAUACAAAACGAAAAAAUGAGGUGCUUUUUCUAGAUGAAGGUGAAGGAUUUAUUGGUGACUGGGUAAAGGAGUAUGGCAUUUUAGGAAUUCCUUUAGGCCUCGCUAUCAUCCUUAUUAUCGCCAUUGUCAGUAUUACAGGAUCCAAGAAAAAAAAGUGAGUACAAAUAAGUAACAAUCAACUGAAUAAGCUUCAUAUAUUGAGGAACUGUUUCCCUGUGAGGUUCUGUCCACCUAACGUGGAGAUUUGUUCAUGUGACCUAUAAGCAGUACAACUUGAUUAUAACCUAGGGGUUGUUUUAGUUGAUCGACGAUACAGAUAGCCUACAGAACAUGCGGUUUUGCGGAUCGAACUCUCGGUAGAGCGAAGCGCGAAAAAAUAAAUCAUUUUUCAAAUCUCAGUCGGCCAAUGCUCGAAACCUUGACUUCCUUGUCGAUGUUGAAGUAAAAAAGUUCACAAAUUUUGACUUGAGAGUAAAUAUAGGAAAUUUCGAGCUUUUCUCGUUAUGAACGCUCGACUUAACAGGUUUCUUGCUUCCCGUUAGCGUAUUCUUCGAUUCCAGCCGGAUUUCAGUUG